AUGCUGCUCCUUCGACAACAACAGACGGAUCACACUCCUAAUGCUGCGUAUUUCGGAUCUCGACCAAGAUACGAUAUAGGUUCAAUUUCUCUCCUCCGCAUCGACUUCUUCCUCUUCAUCAGAACAGCUGAGCCACCCAAGGUUGUCGCCAGGACUAGUAAUCACUCCUCCAGGGCAUACCACAGGGAUGUUCUUGGAGGCAUGAGUACAACUGCUAGAAGGAGGAAGUACUUGGCUAGUCGAGGUUUCGAGGGGACUUUGGAUUUCUUGCCUACGGACAUAUCAGUCGGCACCACCACCUCGGGAUUCAACUCUCUCGAGCUGGCUGUGAUAGAUGGCUCCCACCACCCAGCGGCGGCGUCAUCGAGAGCGGCAGUUCUCUUAGUAUUUCGGUGGCAGUGGUCCAGGGUAAAGAAGAGGAAUGUUGACAAUAAGGAUCUGGUCCUUCAUACUCACUCUAACGCCACUAUCAUCAUCAUCAUCAUUACUUAA